AUGUUACUACGGAUCCAUUACUUUUGCCUGGCGGAGGCCUAUCGGGAGAGGACCAGUCACAGAGCUCUUAGAGAUUUCAGGCUGUUGCUCAACUGCAGGGCUGAUCCGGACAGCAGGGACCUUAAUGACAACACCCCACUGCACACAGCAGCCCAGAACAAAUGCCCAGCAAUCAAGCACACCCUGAUCAAAGCAGGGGCCCACAUGGACGUUGCCAAUGCCUUCAAGAAGUUGGUCUACCAGCUGCUGGAUGAGAAGCUGCUGGCCAGGGGCACCAUGCAGCUCUUCCACUAUGUGACCCUGCAGUGCCUUACAGCCCGGGCCCUGGACGAGAACAAGAUCCCCUACAAGGGCUUUAUCCCAGAAGAGCCAGAGGCUUUCACUGAACUGCACUGA